AGACGCGUAACGUGGAACGACGCGUGUAAAAAAAAGUGUAUUCUUCCAACUAAUCACGUGGAACAUGAGCGUCCCCUUUUCUUCUAUGUUUCAUAAUGUCCAUCAUUCUUCAUUCGCUCAUUUCACAAGACUUACAAUAUAAAACAUCACGAUGUCAGCUUUAUUCAACUUUCAAAGUCUACUCUUAGUGAUCCUCUUAGUCAUCUGUACAUGCACAUACAUUCAAUCACAGACUCGUCUACUCGACAAAAACAAAACUGGUGUUCUUGGCAUCUUUUGGAAGGCAGCAAGGAUAGGCGAGCGUCUUAGCCCAUACGUAUCACUUGCAUGCAUUUUUAUGGGCAUCAGCUUAUUACUCCCAUCAAAGUCAAAGUAAAGAGCUCCCUUUAUUAUAUCUUUUAGGAACCAGAAGUAAAAUAAAGUAAUG